CCUCUUUAACUGCGACGGUAGGGGCUUCUUCGUGGAGGAGUGUGCGCCGCUCCUGGGUUGGUCUCGACUCGAGAGCCGCCACGAUGCCGAAGGCCAAGCAGAAGAGGCGUCGGCAGAAGUAUAAUUAUAACAUCGACCGCAAAAAGCUGAACAGGGCUUUCCGCAAACGCGCGGCGCCUCGAAUAAAAUGUGCCCAGAUCCGACAUGCCUGGGAUAGCACUAAAUCAGUUGCUAAGAACUUGGCAGAAAUGGGCCUGGCUGUUGAUCCAAACAAGGCAAUUCCCAUUCCAAAGGAUAUGAAAAUGGAAAUUGAUGGACAAGAGACAGAGACAAAAACUGUUAGGAAGCCUUAUGUAAUAAAUGAAUUAGAAUAUGAGGCCAGCUUCCCAGAGAAGAAGUCGGAGACCCUCUCCAGCGAUCUUAUUGACUAUGUCAAACACAUGAUCCAGAAUCAUGGUGAAAACUAUAAGGCGAUGGCUCGUGAUGAGAAGAACUAUUACCAGGAUACGCCAAAACAAAUAAAGAGGAAGAUCACUGUGUACAAACGCUUCUAUCCUGAGGAGUACCAAGCAUUCAUUACAUCUUUACAGCAGGAAAAAAUGGAUCAAUGAGGAGGAGGAGAUGCCAAAUAAUUAUUUCUCCUGCUGCCAUGGAUUUAAGUGACUGAUGUUGAAAAACUGAAACUUGAAUUACAUAACAUACUGCCUUCUAAAGAGAGAUAAGAAAAUAUCUCAUAGAUGGAACUUUGGUUCUCCAUCAGAGUUCUUCCACAGUGUAGAAAGCUUCAGUUAGCUUUCAGAUUUAUUUAUUUCACUGAUGGUCUCGUCUAGGCAAAAUAACAUUCUUAAAGUGACAAAGUAUUAUUUUGCCUUAUAGAGACCUCGGUUGACAUAAACGACUUGUCUAAGCCUUGUGUCAACAACAGAGCAUGCUGAAAGAACAUAUUAUGUUAGCUAAAAGGAUCAGCUGUGAAUAUGAGACCAACUUGUCCACUUUGUGAGCAUUUUGGAAAGACAGCACAAUAAUAGUAGCCUCAGACAGCAGUUUCUCAGAAAUAAGACAUCAAGAUUAAAGCCUCAGAACUAGUAAACUUGGGUCAGAAAGAGCCACCUCCACUCUCCAGUAAGGGCCUAGCCCAGAGAGAUGACAACUCUCAGCACCAGUCCAUAUUUAUGGGAGGGAAGAAGUCACUGUCUCACCUGAUGGCAAUGCUGGGAUGAUGGUUCCUAAUGUGUGAUGCAUUAUGAUUUUUUCAAGUCAUCUCUCAUGUUUUUUAAGAGUAGAAGCAAUAUUGGUUCUCUCUUUUGUGUCUCUAGAGACCAAUGCUGCAGUGAUCCUUUUUUCACGUAGCUACUACAGGAAUCUGCAAUUGGUAGAAUUACUGAAUUCUCUGCCAAUGCACCCUGGAGAACACAGGACUGAAAGGCUUUCUAAUCCCAAGUAAUGUCUGCUGAAAGUGGCUGCUGGCAGUAACCUCACCAUUCAGUGUCCUGCUGAAUUACAUGCUGUGAUUCCUCAGGUUAUGUAGAACAGUCUCAUAUCUUACAACUCAAGAUUUAUUGAUAAAAAAUGCAAACCAUUUGUUAGCAGUUACCUAUUGCAUAUAGGGCUAAGAUCUAUUAUCCAGGUUUCCUAUAUUCUGUGAUAGGAUAAAUAAAGGAGGGGGAUGGUUGAAAGGUAAAUUCUGCAAAAGGAGCCUAGUCAAAACAAAAAUGGUGUUCUGUCAAGAGAAAAGGGAGCGUUGGAGAGUAAUUGUACAUGCACCAUUUUCCUAUUUAAGGAAAAGCUUGUAACAGCUCCAUUAGAUCUAUAGAGACAAGUUGCUUGAAGAUGGGAUUGGAGAGGUGAGACAAAUGGCUGUUUUUUUCCUCAUUAGAAAUUAAAGAGGAUGUGAUUGGUAGCCCAAACGACAUGAUCUACCUAUACUUUGUAACAGCCACUACUGGCUCAAGGUUGCUUUUGCACAGAUAUGUUUUGUUUCUACAAUGGAACAGAAAUAAAAACUUUAAGAGCUCCUGAGGGAUUGAGAUCAAAUAAGGAUAUUCAAGUACAUUACUGCUGAACUUUGCCAUUCCAGGGGACACCUGAAUGUGUCAGCCUGCAUCUCAAACUUCCCAGUCAACAUGGGAAAUGGAGAAUUAAGCUCAACUAGUUUGGAUGGUGCUAGCUUACAUGCAUCUCUUCAUGCUUUGUAACUCAGACUUGCCAGUUCUCUUGACCGAUCUCAAAUACCCAGACCCAGUGUAGUGGUUACUUCAGAAGCAGCAAGUAAUAAAUAAGAGGAUAGCA